AUCUUCCUUACUUCUCUGUUUAUCGUAUCAUGCUCUGGAAUACCUUUUGUAAAGGAAAAUAAACAAGGUAUCUGUAAAGUCUCAAACUUGGAGAAUGGAUAUCAUUUACCCAAUAAAAGAAUUUUUAAAGUUGGAGAGCGGCUCCAAUAUCAGUGCGAUGAAGGUUACAUGACAGCUCAAAGAAAUAUUGUAGAAGAAGCAGAGUGCCUUUUGUCUGGAUGGUCAGCUGUUCUACAAUGUUUCCUGAAAUAAAAUGUUUUGUUCUUCCAUCCACUGGUUUUCGUAAACUUCAUCCAGUCUAUUUCAAUGGCCAAGUAGGAAAAUUUUCAUGUGAUGGAGGAAUGAUACUGAGAGGAUCAGCAAUUAGCCAGUGUUAUUACUAUGGAUGGGACCCACCGUUACCAGUGUGUGAGGUUGCAGACAAAAGUUCCAAGUGUCCAUCUCCACCACAGCCAGCCAAUACUGAAGAUAUUGAACAAAAAUGGGACUACUUUGAUGGUGACAAAAUUCAGGUGAAAUGCAAAACUGGUUUCAAACUUCAUGGCCCCACAUCUGUAGUUUGUCAAAAUGACAAAUGGACAUCACCUCCUCAGUGUGUCAGGACUUUGAAAUGUGAUAAACCACCAUCCAUCCCAUUUGGGACACUGGAUCAAGCAACUACAGACAUAUACUACAGCGGAGAUGUUGUGAUAUACAAGUGCAGCAAAGAUUUUGAAAUGAAUGGGGAGGCUGAAAGCAUCUGCAUCAAUGGGAAGUGGUCUUUGCCUCCAGCAUGCAGCAAACAAGGACAGAAUUGCACAUCUCCACCGAUUGUUACAUAUGGAGAAGUAAAAGGAAUAACACAGGAACAAUACACUUCUGGCUCUAUAUUGGAAUAUCAAUGUACAAAAUUAUAUAAAGCUCUGGGAAGUUUGGAAAUUACUUGCAGAAAUGGACUUUGGACAGAGCCACCAGUUUGCCUAGAGCCGUGCACGGUGGGGCAAAGGGAACUGUUCAAUAAUAAUAUUCAGCUAAAGAAUUUUAUAACAGAAAAACAAUAUUUUGAACAUGGCAGAAUAAUUGAGUUUUUGUGCUUACCCGGAUACCAGCUAGAGACAUCUCCCUCAACAUUAACAACUAAAUGUGAAAGAGGAAAAUUAAUCUACCCUACGUGUGCAAAGAAAGUUUCUGAUGGCUGUGCAAUAUCAAAAGAAGUCAUGUUGAAAAAUGGAAUUAAUUUGAACAAUGCCUCUUUGAAUGUUGCUGAGGGAUUUACUGUGGAAUUUCAAUGUGUUGGAAAUCUGGUUCCUGAAAGGACACUUACAGCAAAGUGCAAUGAAGGUGAAAUAGUAUAUCCUCAGUGCAUCGAGCAAAGUUCAGACUCUUGCCAACUUUCUGAACAAAAAAUAAUUAAAAAUAACAUUUUACUACCAAGGAGUGUUUCCCACCGUAAAGUCUUCAGAAGUGGUGAGAAUAUGCAGAUCAGGUGUAAGCCUGGACAUUUCGGUCUUUCCCCUGCUCUGGAAUUGAAAUGUUUGGAUGGAAAGAUGACCUAUCCGAAAUGCUCACGUGGACGACCUUGCCGCAUAUCUCAAGAAAAAGUGGAUGAGAACUUUUUGGAGCUUAAUGCAAUUGAUGACGAUAAAGUUUAUUUUGAGGAUGGAGAAAAUAUUCACUUUGUAUGCAAACCAGGAUAUUCUUCCGAAUCUGAUCUCAAGGGAUUAUGUAUUAAGCAAGAUAUUUUAUAUCCUCUAUGUCAUAAAACAGUUACUGCAAGCAGUGAUGCAAAGUAA